AUGAAUUUAAUUGGAAACACAGGCAUUAUUAUAAAAAAGAAUUAAUAAAUGUUUGAAAUGCCUCUUGAACUUGUAAAAUAUCAUCUUGAAUAUUUUAGAAUUAAACAAAAUAAAUUGAAAAAAAUAGGAAAAUAAAAAAAUUCAUUUCUAUAUACUUGCAAAUAUAUCAACCAAUAAUUAGAAUUCCACUCUAAUAUUCACAUUUUCAUAUUCUAUCAUAUUAUUCAAUGACAAGUAUAAUUUGUUUUUAUUAGAUUAACCUACUUAGUUCAUUCUUUUUGUUACUACUGUGAGUGUUUUUUCGAUCACACUAUAAAUAAUCUUUAGUUUUUUUAUUGAUCUACAUAGUUUUGAAUUCAAAAUGAAAAAAUAAGAUUUUUUAGGAACAUUUAAUACAUAAAAGGUUCAUAUUAUAUUUGCUUUUCAAACUUUACUAAUAAUUCUUUUAGGUUUAGAAGUUUAAUCCAUCAUAAUUUAAGUAUUUUACAUUAUUUUUUUGUUUGCUAAUAUAAUUAUGAGUUACAAUUAACUUAUAUUUGUAGAAAUUCAAUUUUCAAGAUUAUAAUUACAUAUAUCAUCCUAUAUUUUGAUAUAUGAAAUUACAUUAUUGAUUGCAUAAUAUAGAAAUAUAGGAUUUGAUUUAAAUCUUAUAGAAUUGAUGUUAUUUGAAUAUCCUUUACUUUCUUUUAUUUUAAAAAUAAUAAUAGAGAGAUAGAAAUUAAAGUCGUUGAAAUUUUCAUCAUCAUAAUCUUUAGAAAAAUAACUUAGAGUAAUUUAUUAUUUAUUUAAAAAAUAAAUUAAAUUAAAGAAGGAAUAAAGAUCUUUAGAUCCAUUAGAAGCAUUAGCUAUGUAUUCAUUUAUAACAAAUCAUUUACGAUAUUGUUCAUUAAAUAGAGAAAGAAAAUUAUAAAAACAAAUAAAGAUGAAAUUUAAAUGCUUUUGUGAAGAAUUUGCUGAUAGAGAUAAUUUUAAAUUUGAUUCAAUUGAUGAAAUGAAAGUAUUUGCAAAAGAAUUGAUAGCUUAAACUUUAGAGGAUGAAAUUCUAGAAACUUAAGAUACUUAUUUAGCUUUAAUAUAUAUUUACUUUUUAGUUUAAGUUAAGAAAUUACCUACAUAAGCAAUUUAUGAAGUGAUUCGACUUUCAUUGUCAACUUAAGUAAAAUAUUAAUUAUAAUAAAGGAAAUGGCUUUGAAAGAAAAAGCAAUUAUAUAUAAAUUAAAAUAUGAUGCAUUAGAAGAAUUUGAUAGUUUAGUAAAGAAAAAUGAUUUAAAAAAUUAGAAAUAUGUUUUCAAGAGAGUUUAUUAAUAUGAAGAAUCAUUAUCAGUGAUUAAAUAGAAUAUUAUAUUUAUUGCUCGUCAAUUUAAGGUAAAAUAAUGAUAAUAUAUAUAGGAAUGGUAUGGAUUAAUUUUAACAUCAAUUAUUGAUAUUGAUUAAUUAGUAAUAAUAGGAUUUAAUAUAUUAAAGAAUAUAUCAUUUGUAGAAACUUAAUUAUAAAAUGCAUUUUAAAUAAAUCCACUUUCAAAUGAAUGUGAUGCUUUGUAUAAUGUAUUUUCAAAAUAUCUAUAAUUUAAUAAAACUAGACCAAAAUUAUAUAGAUAAGAAGGAAAAUUAGUUCAAUAAUUUAUGCAUUCUAUUGAGAAGACAAUAUUUGAUCCAGGAAGUUGUGUUAUACAAAUAACAUUAUUACAACCAAGAGGAAAUGUAUUAAGAUAUACAAGAUCAUUCUAAUAAGCUAUAGGAUUUAAAGAUGAAGAAAUAAAAGAUUAAAAUAUUCAUAGAUUUAUGCCAUAAAUAAUAGCAGAUGAUCAUGAUAAAUAUUUGGAUAAUUUUGUAGAGAGAGGGAGAAUUAUUGUUGUUAGAUCUGAAGUUAGAGUAAUAUUAGGAAAAAAUAAGGGAUAAUUUUUGAUACCUAUAAAUACAAGAUUGAGAAUAGAGACUAGUCCAACAGAGUUUGGAGCUACAGCUUUAAUUACACCAGUUAAUUUAACAUUUGGAUAUAUGAUGUUAAAUGAGAAAGGAUAAAUAGAAGAAAUAACAUAAAAUAUAUUUGAAGAAAUGUUUUAAAAGAAUUUAGGAAUAUAAAUAGGACAAUUAAGAAAUUUAGAUUGUUUAUUUUUUAUUCCUGAUUUGGCUAAGAUUUGGGAUGAAAUUUAUGAUGAAAAUUUUGAGAAAUUAGAUAGAAAAUUUGAAUGUUAAUUUAUUAUACCUAUAAUAUCUUAAUGUAGGAGUAUGUCAUAAUCUUAAAUUUCAAAGGGGAUAUCUAAAAAUUAUAUUUAAAAAUAGAUAUAUAGGAAUUUUGAGAAUUAACCAACAGAUAAUGCUAUCUAUUAAGUUACAUUACAUGUUGUAAGUUUAGUAACUAUAAAUUUGAAGUAUUAUUAUAUUUAUAAUUUAUUAGAUUAGUAAUAUUAGAAUUGCAAGAUUUUAGAUUGCUCCCUAAUUAAAAAAUUACUAGUAAAUAGAUAAUAUAAUUAAGAGGGAGAACAUCAUAGUAAUUCAAUAUUUCGUAAUUUUAAAAUUCUACUAGUUAUAGAGAAUAAAUAAGUGUACAAAAUUCCCCUUGGGUAAUAGAUUGUGAUUUAGAAUAUGAUCUCUUAUAAGAAGAAUAAAGAAUGAUUGAUGAAGUUAAACAUCAAUUAGCCACUGUUAACAUCACAAAUACUACAAAUCAUUAACAAAUUUAAUUAAUUUAAUAUGCUUAAGAUGAUGAAUAUUUACUUCCAGAAUAAUAAUUAUAACAAUAAGAUGAAUAAAUAAUUACAUCUGUUGUUAAAUUAGAUGAUAUUUAAAAAUAAGGGAAAUUAUAAAAUUAAAAUAAUAUGUCUAUUGGAAGUAGAUCUUCAUAAAAUAAUCAAACAUCUCUUAAAAGAUAAAUGAAAGAUUGCAUAAGUGAUUAGACAAUUAUUCAUAAGAAAUUGGCUAUUAUUUUAAUAUUAUUUUAUAGCACAAUAAUAAGUUGUUAUGUUGUAAAUUUUUUAGUUUUUUAAAAUAAUUAUGAAAAAGUUUAACUAAAUUAACUUAAUUAAAAUUUACCAUAUCAAUUAUCAUACUUUUAUAACGAAUUUAUUAUUUCACAUUAUUACAAAAAUAAUUCAAAUAUUUUCUAAUUUUAAGAACUGUAAUAAAUAUGUUUAGAUUUCUUUUAAUAAGAAAUUAAAAAUAUUGAUAAUACAUUAUAAAAUAUACCAGAAAUAUCAAAUUUAUUAAGUAAACCUUUAAAAUAGAAGAUUGUCGAUAUGAUUCAAUAGAUGGCUAAUUUAAUGUAAGAAAAUACUAUUGUAAUUGAAUCUGAGUAUUUAAACAAUACUAAGGAUUUCUAAUUAAUUGUUGAAGUCUUGUAUUAAGCUGAUACAACUUAGAAUAUAACAAAUAUUUAGUAUAUGUAAAUUAAUUAUAUUAUUUAUGACUAUGUUUUAUAGAGUAAUCGCUGAAGAAAUUGCGCUCGUCUUAUUUAUAUCGUGGUAUGCCUAUAAGUGUAUAGAAAUUAUUUAGAUGAAAACUAAAGUAUAUAAACUAUUUAGUACUUUUACAACUGAUGUAAUCUAAGAGUAGUAUAUAAUAUUUUCUACAUUAUAUUCAUUAAUGAAUUCUUCUAAAUUUAGGAGAGGUGAAACUAAUGAAGAUAGCUUUGAUUCUAUCAUAAAUUAAGCCUUCAUGAGAUAAAACAGUCAUGCAUUAUUGGAAAAAUAUUAGAAAGUAGGAAAAAGAAUUAAAUAACUAAGUAAUUAUAUUAUUAUUAUUAUUUAUUUAUAGAGAAUAAUUCAAUACAAAUAAUCUUUUUCUUGUUUGUUUUGAUAUUGAUAAUUGUUUGUUCUAUUUAUUUUGUUGGUAGCUAUAUUUUGCAUAAUGAUACAAUCAAUACCAUAAUUACAGAGUUUAAUGAUAAAAUCAUAUUUUCCUAAGCAUAUCAUGAAUUAACUUAAGCCUUUGCUUAAACAGUUGUAUUUAUAAAUACAAACAUUACUGAAGUUUAAAUAAAUAUAUAAAAUUCAACUGUUAUUAAACUUACAGAAUUAAAAAAAAGAUUAUAACUUUAUUAAUAAGAUCAAAUAAUCUAUAAUAUACUUACAAAGGCUGCUUGUGACAUUUUUAAUUACUCAUUGUAAAUAUAAACAUAAUGAUAUAUAAGGUCUGGUUUUUAGGCUUAUGAUGAUCUAUUUUCCUAUGAUUAAUGUACAAGCUAUUCAAUUCUAAUGAGAGGAUUGAGUGUGACAUUUGCUGACUUAUGUGAUUAAUAAUUAAGAUUUUUUCAAGAUAUUGUAGGUAAUAGUUCAAAAGAAUAUUUAAUAUCCAAUUAUUACUAAGUUACUUCAUAGAUUGAAAGAUUAUAUGACUCAAUGGGAUUUUUUGUUAUUGUUUCUACAUUAACUAAUCAAAUCUAAGAACAAAUAUAAAAUAAUAUAGAUAUUAACAUAAUAAUGGUAGCCUUUUCAGGACUCCUUAUGACAAUAUCAAUGAUAAUGAUGGUAUUGUCCAUGAGAAAAGUGAGGCAAUCCUAUUAAUAAAGCAAAAGAUUAUUAACUCUACUACCCUAUGAUAGACUAGUAGAAAAUGCCUACAUAAUCAGCUUUAUUUAAUAAGAUAUUAAACUAUAAAAUUGA